UUGUGUGCGCGUGACGGCCGCACUAGAGCUCCCUGACGUGCACGCGCAUCGAGCUCGUUCACGCUCUCGCGCCCCCGCGCUGUAUGAGAUAGCGUGUUCGAGAAGAGAGAGAGACAGACAGAGAGAGAGAGAGAGAGAGGGGGGAAAAAAAAGAAAAACAAGAAAGGGAAGAAGAAGAAGGAGAGAGCGAGAGAGAAAGAGAAGUGGUGCUGUGUUUCCUCUGGACGCUGCUCGGGGACGACCUGUGAGAAACGCGGAAAAGCUGCUGGUUUUUCCGGUGCCUCAUAUCUACAUAUACAUAGACACACACACACACUUUCUGUGACACUCACAGACAGACCGCUGUUGAGGAAUGGAAGCUGAUCAGAAUCAGGAAGUGCCCGAGGCUGUUUCUCAGACCAAUGAGACAGAAUCGCCCGUCCCUGAGCAUCCCAAAUCUGACGAGGUGAAUGAGACGCCCUCGGCUCAGGCCCCUCCCGAGCCAGAGAAGCCGGCAGAGGAGUCCACAGGGGAAACACCUGAGGUGGAGCCCGCCAAAGAGAGUGCAUCCUCCGAGACAGCCGUAGAGCCAGAGAAAUCACCCGAGAAGGAGAAAGUAGCGGAGGAAGCUGUCAAGGUGGAAAAAUCUGCUGAGGCGCCAGCUGAAGUUGAGAAUAAGCCUGAGAUCGUAGUGGUGGAGCAACAAGUCGCAGAACCCGAGAAGAAGGCGGAGCCGGAACCCGAGAAGAAGGCGGAGCCGGAACCCGAGAAGAAGGCGGAACCUGAGCAAAAGGCAGAAUCUGAGCAGAAGGAUGAACCUAAACAACCUGCAAAUGAUGCUGCACCGACUGAGGCAGAGAAAUCAGAAGCCAAAACAACUGAGGCAGAGGCAGAAAAGCCCUGCGAGGCUGUGGCCCAAAAAGAGGUGGAGGCACAACCUAAAGAACCAGAGCUCCCCAUGUUCUAUGGCUGGUUUCUGCUGGCUGAAGUUGAAGAAAAGAUCAAGUGUUCAACAAUGGAGUUCCUGAAGACGCUGGACACUUUGGAGGCCUUCAAGAAACAUAUUGGUGACUUUACUGGGGAUGUAAACAAGGAGGUGGAUCUGGAACAGUUCUUUCAGACCUCUGCACCGCUCCACUGCACUACUAAGUUCUGUGACUAUGGAAAGGCAGAGGGUUCAAAAGAAUAUGCUGAACUACAGGUGGUUAAAGAUUCCAACAACACAACAACAGAACUAUCUGUAGUCGGCCUCAUAGUGACUCCUCGCACGUUCGGUGCCCGCGUGUCACUGACCCCUGAACAGCUGUCACUGUGGCCCACGGGAGCUGACAAAGUAGGGAUUCCUCCAGCAGACCUCCCCGGUGUCGAGGCUCUCCCUGUGGGCAGCCGUGCUCACGUGACCCUGGGCUGUGCAGCGAACGUGGAGGCUGUUCAAACCGGAAUAGAUCUGCUGGAGAUCCUGAUCUUCCAGGAAGGAGAAGAAAAACCAGCCACUGUGGAGGAGCUGGAGCUGGGCACACUCUCGUACCUGGGCAAGGGUCGCUGGUAUUUGUCUCUGAGGGAGAAGGUGACGUGCGAUGCCACGUUCUCGAGCUUCUCCGAAAAGCAGCGUGUUACCGAACCAGCCAAGAAGGAGGGGGGGGAGAAAAAGAAGAAGCCGAAGUGCUCGAUUCUGUGAGAAGGUGGAAAGAGAUGAAGAGGGGUUAAUGGCGUUCUAGGGCUGAGACUGGUUUUGUGUACGUGUGAAUGUUUGUUUUUCAGCUUUAGGGCUGGGUGUGGGCGAUUCGGUACGUACUACACCACCUUCCCAUUCCAAAGCGACCUUUCUUAGCAGGUGCCUUUUCCUUUCACUUGGCAGCACAAGCACCAAGGCCUUAGAAUCUGCCUUACGGUCAGGAAUCACCGUGCUGUAGUUUGUAGUCCACUCUGUUUCGCCAGGUGCUUGCUCAGUCUGCUUCGUUAGCGUUUCUUCCUGCACUGCAGCAUUCGGUCUUCCCUGCACUUAAUGUGUAAUCGAACACUGAUCUGUGAGCGGCGGCGCUCCGACUACCUGUUUUUCAGGCAAAAAUGAUUCGACACCUUUUUACAUCUUUUUGAAAUUAGACUAAAAUUAAUGAAUUGCUAAGUUUGGUACAAAAGUGUGCAUGAUGGUUGGCCUUGGUGUGUGUGUAUGUAUGUGUGUGUGUGUUUGUAGCAUGUCAGUUUUUUUUUUUCCCCCUCCCUCUAUCUAUCUUUUCAGUUGUACUAACAUUUGAGAUGCAUUUCACUCUGAUUGCAUGCUGUUUAUCAGCUUUACAGUCACACCCAACUUUUAUCCGUCUAUAGUGUUUACAGUCACAGACCCGUUAACAGUUUCGCCUUUACUACUACUACUACUUACUAUUACUAAUCUUUCUCUCUGUAUUCAGUGUAGAUGGCUGUGUGAGUGAAACGGUUUGUCUUGCCUAACUCUUGUGUUCAUGCAGCAUUGCAGUCAUUUCCAGGCAGAUGACUUCCUGUGCCAUGUGCCGCUUCACAUGUUAACUAGUAUUAUCCUUUUCUUUAGCUUUUUGAGCUAGUCUCACUUUUGCUCUUUCCAGCUGCAGUCACUUUUGACAAGCUGCACUCAGAAUACUGUGACUGGCCCCCUGCCCUGAUGCCUUCGUCUCAAAUGGGCUGGUACAAGGCAGACGCCUUGCUUAUGUAGGCCUCGGGUGUCGAGGCACUGUAUUUUUGCACUUAUUCUUUUUUUUUUUUUUUUUUGUACACUUAAUAAACGAUUUGCUUGGCUCAGA